AUGGCAUAUCUGCGAGGCACAAGAGGAUAUCUUUGGCGCCCUCCUCGACCUCCAGGACGGCUGCUCCCACCCCUACUCGACGGACAUCAAUGCAAACUGCAGGGACAUCGAGUCAGCUCGCAUCAGCAGUCCCGUCGCUGCGAGGAAGGGAGCUGCACCUUCAAGCACUACCCCGACCACAGCGUCGACUUCUUCUACCACACGAAUGAGGCCCCUCACCUCCUCAAGAAGUCUCGGUACUGGCGCGCCGACAAGAAACGACUGAGCACGAUGCCUGCCUCCCCGCCGUCAAGAAGAGAAGGGAGCCGGGACCGCUCGUCCUCUGGCGGAAUCGAGGAAGUCUACGAGGUCACUCUUGAUCGAGCAGCAAGUUCGAGCUUGUCAAUAGCAUGUUGCGGGCACCGAGGACCGCGGACGGCGCGGAUGAAGGAACAACAGUACAUGGACGAUGACGCCGCCAGCAUGAUCGCUGAAGUGAAGUCGGUUGACAAGGUGACUCCGAAACUACAGUACUUCUUUGGCGGCAACUCCACGAUGGCCACCUGCAGCACCCACGGCGCCCUCACCCCUACUCAGGUCGAUUCCGGUAUUCAAGACAGUGUCAAGCAAUUCUACGAGGAUACGCUCAAAUCAGCUCGUGACAGGCGCGUCGGAAUCACGCGUCUACAUGCCGAAGACUGUUUCCACGGGCGGAAAGAGGUUGAGAGUCACCAAACAUGA